GCAUCAUAUUGAAGAUCUUCAGGGAAGCUAUUAUGUGAUCGAGUCAACAAGCUUUACUCGAUAUAAUCAUAGAGUGAGCAUACACAAGCUGACAAACCUACAUAGCAUAAAUAUUAAUGCAUGCUUAUUCUUUUAGUAUUUCCUUCAUUAUAGACUGAUUUUUAUCAUCCAGAUUCAUUGAAUUGUAUGCUUUUUGCAGGCAUGCCAACGAUGAGUACCUGAUUGUUGCAAAUUCUUUCCGUUAUUCUCAAGCAUUUAGCAACAAAUUAUUCUUCACAAUGGUCGAUUUCGAUGAGGGUGCCGAUGUUUUCCAAAUGCUGAGACUGAAUACAGCACCGAUCUUCAUGCACUUCCCUCCAAAAGGCAAGGUGAAGAGCAGUGACACAUUCGACAUUCAAAGGUUGGGAUUUGGAGCUGAAUCUUUGGCCAGGUGGAUCGCUGAGCGCACGGAUGUUCAGAUACGAGUUUUCCGACCUCCCAGCUAUUCUGGAACCAUGGCUUUGGUAACGUUGUUCGCUCUUGUUGCUGGUUUCUUGUAUGUGCGUAGAAACAAUCUCGAUUUCCUCUACAACAAAACUCUGUGGGGAAUUGCAGCCGUGUUCUUUUGCCUGGCUAUGAUCUCUGGCCAGAUGUGGAAUCACAUCCGAGGACCUCCAUUCGUGCAUCGGUCUCAGAGCGGAGGCGUAGCCUACAUCCAUGGAUCCUCCCAGGGACAGUUCGUCCUCGAAACCUACAUUGUCAUCGUUCUCAACAGUGCAGUUGUGAUGGGCAUGAUAAUGAUGACCGACGCAGCCGGUCGCAAGAACUGUGAUGUGCGCAUGCGCCAGAUUUUGGUGUGUGUUGGUCUAGCAAUAGUUGCUAUAUUCUUCAGUGUCAUUCUCUCCAUAUUCCGUUCAAAGGCUCACAGCUAUCCUUACAGUUUCCUGUUCAAGUAAACAUGGAGAAGACAUCUACAAAGUUUUAAUGUGCAAUUAGAGACUAUGAAGUCAAUCAUUUUUCCAUUUUCAUCUUAGAAGAUAUAUUCAAUGAUUUUUGAUAUUGUGUUAAGUGUUUUCUUUUAUUUUUUGUCAUAUGUAAAUUAAUCAUAAUAUCAUUCUGUAUCAGGUUGAAAAUAUUCAAGUAAAGAAUUUGAAAUAUGAAUAGAGUUUUAAAACUGUCUAUUAAAUUGGUACAAGUUUUAA